AUGAAAAAGUGUCGAGGCAGUAGGCCGUACUUGAAAUGCAAGCUAAAAUUUGACUGGCAUAUUAAAUCUCACGAAAUGUCAAGUCACUUUCUGGACGCCUUGGUUGAGUUCCUUGUAGAAAAAGGUUUCAAACGGGCUGGGAAGAUCAUCAAGCGAAAUCAUGAGGAACGAAAUGUUAGGAAAUUGUGGAGUUGCGAUACGGAAAAAACAAAAGACAGAGACAUUUUGAAAGAGGACGACGUGGAUAAAAAGAAUUCAGAAACCACUCGAAAGUCCUCCUUCGCUUUGAUUGGAAUGCGUUCAGUAUUACGUAAUAUGCAAAGAAAUGUGUUGUCAGCAGUGUUUUUUGACACAGUCACAAUCAAGCCAUCAUCGGUUACAACUACUUUGGGGCUAUAUGCUACCAGCUUACAAAAUACAAAGGUAUACGCGAUCUCUGGUCUAAAUACUACUCUUUCAACAGCUCUUAAUAUACCAAUGGUAGCAGCUGUAGGAUUGAUGAAAAUAUCCGCUACCAACGAACUUUGCGAUUUGGCAGCCCAUUCAUUCAACAAUGUCAGCAUUUCAAAUAAACAAAAAUCUCUACCAGCUGCCGUAACAACCAGAUUGCAAACUCCGACUGGGAAGAAGAAAAAUAAGAGAUGA